CGUUAUGACCAAUCAGAGGGCUUGAAUCUAGCUUGGUAUGUGGUAUAAGGUGAUGAUUGUCCCCGAAACGCUCACUUCCACGUCACCGUUUACUUUCAGAGAAUAUCAAAAGCAUCGUCAUGAUGAAUCGACUAAACUUAGUGACUGGUAGAAAAUGCUCUUCGAAACGUUUUGUCAUCACUUACUCAGUGAUAUUGGCAUUCUUGGUGUUUGUUUACACGACUCAGAUAAACGUUAUUCAAGAGAUUGAGGCUGUGUAUUAUGGAAAGCUGAUUCCUUCGUACGCAAGUUAUCUAGAUAAUCACAACCAUAGAAUGCAUUACGGGAGUAACAAUGGAAGGACACUCAGUGAACUUAUGUCCGACAAAGACGCUAGUCCGGAGUUUUCUCAUCUUGCCAAUGUCACCCUAAAUCGACGAGGCUUAUCUAAUUAUUACCUUCAUGGGUCUGGUAAACGUGACGAUUACUACAAAAGUAACAUUGCUUUUAUUCACCUGCACAAGGCUGGCGGUAGCACUACAAAGAUGCAUCUGAAUAAAGUGUGCAAACGGACAGGAUUUGCAAGUAUUCUUAUGGCCCAUUAUGGAACUACAAAGGUCUAUGAUCGCUUCCUCAAAGGUGAUGGUGUUACUUCGAAGCAGACAGUCUUCGUUGGUGGUUAUACCUUUGGAAUAUGUGAUGUAUUGCAAGGGAGACCCUGCUCCUACAUGACGGUUCUCCGUGAUCCGUACGAUAGGAUCAUCUCGGCAUAUUUCUUUUGUUAUGCACAAAACCCGCCUCUGUGUGGACCUGUGAGAGCCAAAAACGUCUCCAUCACAGCUUGGGCUAUUCAUCAAGGCAGUCAUUUCUUUAAUCUACUUCUCACGGAUAAGGAUACUUGUAGAGACCGGGAAGUACAUUAUGACGAGUAUGUGAAGCCAUAUCAGGAGCGUACUAAAGACAUCAUCAAUUAUGUUCCAGGUCUCCAUCCACAGUCAUGUUGGUUCAGACAAAAGGCUAUUCUUAAGGAACGUGUGACGUCAGAGCAGCGGCAUGCAAUGCUGAUCUACAUCCUGGAUCAUUUAGAGUAUUGGCUCGGAGUUAUAGGAUUGGUGGAGGAUUACCAGGCAUCUUUAAAGAUGUUCCGCGAAGCAUACCACCUACCGUUCAAAACAAAUUCCACAGUAGUGGUUAACAAGGGUAGAGUCAGAGAUAAGACGGAAGAUGCUCGUAAGAAACAGAUGAGAAUGGAGUUGCUGAACAGCAAAGAAGUGAGGGAGGCGUUGUAUGAAGACAUUAUGAUAUACGAGAAGGCUAAACAGAUCUUCAAGCUUCAAAAGGAGGAGUUUUCCCGUCUGAAAGAUCAAGAGGCAAACUUUAGUAAACCUGCGGAUUGAGAGUUGAAAUCAUGGAUGUUGUAUGAGAUAGAAUUGUGAUUAGCAACAAAUGGCUGAACUGUUCACAUUUUAUAAGCACACUUUUUGGAAUACAUAGAAUAGAAUAUUGCAAAUUGUAAAAAUAUAAAAACACCAGAUGAUGAUAAGGGUACAUAGACAGAUCAAGAGGCAAACUCUAGUAAACCUGCGGAUUGAGAGUUUGAAAUCAUGGAUGUUGUAUGAGAUAGAAUGGUGAUUAGCAGCAAAUGGCUGAACUGUUCACAUUUUAUAAGCAUACUUUUAGAAAUACAUAGAAUAGAAUAUUGCAAAUUGUAAAAAUAUAAAAACACCAGAUGAUGAUAAGGUUACAUAAACAGAUCAAGAGGCAAACUCUAGUAAACCUGCAGAUUGAGAGUUUGAAAUCAUGGUUGUUGUAUGAGAUAGAAUUGUGAUUAGCAGCAAAUGGCUGAACUGUUCACAUUUUAUAAGCAUACUUUUAGAAAUACAUAGAAUAGAAUAUUGCAAAUUGUAAAAAUAUAAAAACACCA